AUGAAUUCAACGACAAACACCAUUUGCACAUCACCACCAGUACCAGUUUUUUAUGCAGAUUUCGAUUCACCGUUAUCAACCAAGAAAGAACGGGUAAUCGCAAUUAUUCUCACGUAUCAAUUUCUUUUGCAAAGUAAGUCGUACAAUGAACGAUGUGGUUUAACCUAUUUCGAGCAGUGCUUUGAACAGGAGCGAAAAAUUGGUGAAGGAUCAUUUGGUGAGGUGUUUCGUGUGAAAUCGAAAGAGGACAACAAAUGGUAUGCGGUAAAGAGAACAAUUGAGCCGUUUCGUAAUGCGAGUGAUCGUGAACUCAAAUUGAGAGAAGUUCAGAAGCAUGAACUGUUACCGAAGCAUCCAAAUUUGGUCGAAUUCAUUCGUGCUUGGGAAGAGAAAGGACGUCUGUUCAUUCAAACUGAACUUUGCGAAUAUAGUUUAUCGGAUUACGCGGAAAGAGAGCACAACAUUCCUGAAGAGCAACUGUGGUUUUAUUUUGCUGAUCUUGUAUCGGCUGUUAAUCAUCUACAUUCACAUAACCUGUUGCAUCUGGAUAUCAAACCUGAGAAUAUAUUUGUGUCGCGAGAUCAAGUUUGUAAACUCGGUGAUUUUGGACUGAUAUUCGAUCUGAAUAAGGAUACACUGAUAACAGCUCGAGAAGGCGAUAGUAAGUAUUUAGCGCCCGAGGUAUUAAACUCGCCACCUGAUAAGCCGGCGGAUAUAUUUUCACUUGGAAUAUCGAUAUUGGAGCUUGCCACCGAUUUGGAUUUGCCGUCAAGAGGUGAAGGUUGGCGUAUGCUCAGAGAGGGCAACAUACCCGAAUCCUUCACUGACAAAUUAUCACCGAAACUACGACAUCUGAUCUAUUGGAUGAUGGACCCCGACUCGUGCAAACGACCAACUGCCGAGCAACUUCUGAACGAUGUCACGAUCCAAUACUAUCUUUCACUAAGACGUAAACAGCGCUCUACACAAUUUUCACACCAUCUGUUGGAUGUGUUGGUUGUGGUGUAUGUUUACCUGGUAUGUGUGAUACAGUUCAUUUUACGGCCCAUUACGAAGUCGUUGUCAUGGGCCACUGGAACUCCGUCAACACCACUAGCUGAAGAGUCACCCCGAAGAGCUGUGUUUUACAAUGGAUCAACACCAGAAUCACCGAGUCGUCAUGUUAUGCCUCAUUCGACGAAUGUCGUUCAACGCCUUCGUUUCGAUAGUUGUGACAGUGAUGAAGAUAAUAUCGAAAAUAACGAGCAGCAGCAUCGCCGCCAUCAUUUUGUGAACAAACAUCGACAUUAUAAGAAUUCACCUGAAGAGAGCGUCAGUGAAUCGAAUGGAUGUUACAGCAUCGAUAGCAGUAAGAACGCUUCGUCGACAACUACCUCAUCGAAACUCACAUCGUUAUCGCCUGUCUCGGCACGACGUCCCGAUAGGCAUUUAUCAAAUGCACUGCACAAAGACAAAUUGGAAUUGUCAGAGUCACCAAGGAAAGGCAAAUCACCACAACGAAGAAUAUUAGUGGAUGAUCAGUUGAAUAAUCUGAUUAAUAAUAAAGAGAUUGGAGUUGACGAAAGUGACGAUGAAGACGAACGCAAUGAAAGUCGCUCGAGACGAUUCCAUUUGAAACGGAAUUUGCGUGCAGCCAUGUCAGCACCAGUGCCUCGUCGUAUGCGUGCUCAAAUGCGGUCGUUAGCGAUCAAACCGAUACCCAAACUUGAUUUCAGUCUGAUCGAAACGCCCACCAAAGUGAAUAAUGUUAAUGAUCGCCUUAAAACCACCGAGCUAUGUACCGCCCAAACAAAAAUUCCGUUCUCAUUGAGACAGGUUUCAUCAUUUGUCGUUUUUCAUUGA